AUGGCUGAAGGAAGUGAUGAUGAAAACGAGAUCCAAGCGUUAACAAGAGAAGUAGAAAAAGCUAAGAAAAUGCGUCGAGCGUUGGUGAAGUUAAAACACAGACUAGAAACUAAACUAAAGAUUCCUUGCUCAGCAACUUUUAAAGAGUUUGAAAGCUUUGCCAACGUGGAUCAGCCAAAGAACAAUUUUGCCUGUGUGGAUAUAGCUUCUUACCGUGCCAAACUUGAGUUAUGUUUAAUUGCUGGUGGUAUCAAAUGUGUAGAUGUUAAUAGUGGACAAAUGCGGUUUGAAUUGCAAUUUGGUGUGGGACCUCAUAUUUACUCGGGAUAUCAAAUACAAAUAGAUGAAGUUGAAGGUGGAGGCUUUUGUCUUUCAAAGUACAACUUACCUGAAGGGUUAAAUGUUAAAACAAUUAUUCAAAAAGUUCCUAUGAAAGACACGUCUGAUUUGUCAAUUUUUUUGAAGUUUGUUCGUGCAUGCAGUUGUGCUCUACUUCAUCGGAGGAAACAAACUGAAGAGUUAAAGUAUUACUGUGCCAAUGAAAGUUUAGAUAUCGAUAUAUUUACAUCCUCUGAUAUUACUCUUUUAGAAAUUAUUUUCCAGUCUGAUGUAUUGAACCUUUCAUCUGAGACGGAGAAGAUGUCAUUUAUUUUGAAAUAUGCUAUUGAUGCACAUCUGCCUACAAGUACAACAUAUGAAAAGGAACAUAUAAAUCAAGAAGACAAAUCUCGUCUAGAUUCUUAUUGUUCAGACUUUUUAACUUUGAAUUUGGUGGAGGCAUUGGGAUUUGCAAGACAUGUAAAACCUCAGCCUCGAGACAGCAUACCAAAACAAUUAAAGCAAGGGACAUUACAGUUCCAUGCAACGAUACAGGACAAUAAAAAUGGUAAAGACAAAGUGACUUCUCAGAAGACCCAAGAACAAAGAGUUUAUGAAUCUAAAUCCUUAGUAACGCCUGAGAGUUUAUCUUCCAGACACAGUUCACGCCGAACUCCUAAAUUUUCUGAGGAUAGUGUUGAAUCCAUCUCUCCUAAGCAUUUGCCAAAUCACACACAAAAGAUGCCAAAGGAGGAAGUUCAAUCUAGAACCAUGAGAACCUCUCCUAGACGCAAAUCGAUUCAUGCACAAGCAUUCUCAGAUGAUGAUAAAUUCAUAUCUGAGAGUUCCCCUCCAAGGCGUAAUUCUACUCGCACACAGAAGGUGUCUGAGGAAGUUGAAUCCAGGCCAAUAAAUACCUCUCCUAAGUAUGUACCAACUCGCACACAAAAGGUGCUAGGAGAGAAAGUUGAACCCAGAACCUUGGAAACUUCUAGAAACAAGUCAAUUCGUAUGCGAAAAUUCUCAGAUGAUGAAUCUAUGCCAAAGAGCACCUCUCCAAGGCGUAUAUCUCCUCGCACACAAAAAGUGCCAAAGCGGAAAAUUGAAUCUAGAAUUGUGAGAGGCUCUCCCAGGCGCACAUCAAAUCGUAUGCAAAUAUUCUCAGACGAUGAUGAUGAAUCCAUGCCAGAGAGUUCCCCUCCAAGGCGUAAUUCUACUCGCACACAAAAAGUGUCUGAGGAAGUUGAAUCCAGGCCAAGAAAUACCUCUCCUAAGCACGUACCAACUCGCUUACAAAAGAUGCCAGGAGAGAAAGUUGAACCUAGAACCAUGGGAACUUCUAGAAGCAAGUCAAUUCGUGUGCGAAAAUUCUCAGAUGAUGAUGAUGAUGAAUACAUGCCGGAGAGCACUUCUCCUAGGCGCAACUCAACUCGCACACAAAAGGUGGCUGAGAAGAAAGUUGAAUUCAGGCCAAAGAGUGCCUCUCCUAGACAUGCAUUACUACGAGAUAAAAAGUUAUCAGGUGAGGAUGGUGUUGAAUUCAGACUCAAAAGCUCUUCUUCCAAACAGGUUCCAAUUCGUACCCAACAAAUGCCAACAACGAAUGUUGCAAUAAAGAUACCCAGAAUUCCUGAACACACACCAGAUCAAAAGAUAAGAAAACUCCAACAAAGGCCAUUUUUUUCCCAGAAGAGUAGUACCCCUCUUCGAAGAGACAAUACUUCCCCAGUACAGCAAUUGAGUGAUAUCGAUCUGGAUGAUCUGUCCACUAUUACGGGAUCAGACACAAACGUUCAAAGUCUGAGUGAUGAGAAUAGAAAUGUACAUCCAGUAGCUGAAUCUACCCCUUUUGUGCCACCAAAUACAAGACAAAAAAGAACAAUGAAUACAGAAAAGAAACUAAACAGUGACUCUUUGCAAACUAAUUCUUCACAAAUUAAUUUGCAUAAGUACCGCCAAACUCGGUUACUUCAUUUCAUGAAAAAUCAACCCCUACAAACAAUCCAAAUAAACAAAUCAAUUAAAAUAUCUCCAACAAAUAAAUUAAGUUCUGGACAAUACUCUUAUGAGUCUGAUGAAAAUGAUGAUCAAAAGGAACUCAAAGAAAUGGAAAAGAAAAGAAAGUCUGGUAUUAAUGUACAUAAAGGCACACCUGUUCCCAAAGGCUUUCAAUCUUCUCGCAUGAAGAAAUCUGUUUCUCGGCAGUCAGUUGUGUCAGGGAAACAUUUAAGAAGAAAAAACUAA